GUUAAUAAUAACUGGGCGAUUUUUUGCUGUGUUAGUAGUGUUCCCUCCUCAUUUCUCUUUGUUGUAUCGUUGGCUGAUUAGAGGAGAAGCCAGUAUAAGCUGGUGACAGUUUGUUCAAGGAAGAUAAAGACACCAAGAGGAACAAUAUGGCAGCCCGAGGUGGCUCCGAGCCGUUGAUGCUUCACGUUUUUAUAAUGUCAUCACAGAAUCUAAUGAAGAAAGAUCUGUUUGGGAUGUGUGACCCAUAUGUUAAAGUGACACUUAGAAGAGGAAAAAAGACAAAAUCUAAACAGACAAAGACACGCCACAAGACAAGAAAUCCAGAAUGGAGCGAGAAGCUAGAGUUUCCUGAUAUUAAUCUAGAACAUGAUAUUGUCCUUUUUGAAGUUUUUGAUGCUAAUAGAUUGACACGUGACAAUUUCCUUGGUAGAGUAAUCAUCAAACUGUCCCAGUAUCCCAUUGAGAGACAAAAAGUUGAUAUAACUCAACCAAUAGUUCGACCACACAGUUUCGACCUCAGGGGAAGGAGUGCUAAAUCACGUGUCAGUGGCUCUAUAAAGCUCAAGCUUCUCUUCCAUAAUAACCCACUGCCAUCAAGUGGAGGCAGUUCCAGUAGUAUCAGUAGCAGUGCUGGCCCUCCUCUACCACCUAGAGGGAGAAUAAGGUCCUCCUCAGGGAACCUACCCCGUCAACAGAAUAUUGGUCAGUUGGUACAAGGUGCUGCUGGUCCAGUUACUGCCUCUGUGUCACCUAACAGCUUAGCACUUAGUAGACAAUCUACAGUCCAAGGAGAUGGUUGGACAAUGGAAGAGAGAGAAGAAGAUGAGCCUCCACUUCCUCCUGGCUGGGAAGCACGUCAGGACGCAAACGGAAGGACAUUCUACGUAGACCACGCCAACAGACACACCCAGUGGGUGAGGCCUGUUGCUGGUCAUGUUCCUGAUAUUUCGGCUCAAAGGAGAAUAGAGAGGGACAGGAGGUUUCAACAGACCAUGCGUAGGAGGAUACCCACUUCUGACAAUGGUUCUUCUACUCCGUUGGGUUCAAUGAGGUCUAUAACUCCAUCACCAACUCCUUCUCCAAGAUCAAUAGCUCCUUCUCAAGGCUCACCUGGCCGUCCAGUCAGUGCUGCUGAUAGUCUUUCUCAAAGGCUGUCCACUGCUAGUUUAUCAGGAACUGAUGAUCUUCCUCCUGGCUGGGAGAUGAGGACAGCAGAAAAUGGCAGACAAUUUUAUGUUGAUCACAACACUCGCACCACACACUGGACUCGUCCAAGACAGAGGGCACUCUCCACAACCCCUGCAGUAUCACCUGGCCCAAGACCCUCAGCAGAUGAGACCCCGCCCCCUCUACCUCCUCCUCGUCAGUCAAUACGCCCACAAAGCUCCAUACAGUCGACCCCUCCCCCACGUGCUUCAAUAACACCCGCUACACAAGCUUUGAACACACCCAUGCAAGUUCCAGUCACGCCCACUAGUAACGGAGGGAACGGGAGGGGAGGGGGCGGUACCCCCGGGGGAGGCACCCCUGGUACCCCCGGGGGGUCAAGACCGAGGACUGAAGACCUUGGAGACCUUCCGCCUGGCUGGGAAUUGAGAAUCCUACCUGAUGGACGCAAUUUCUUCAUUGAUCAUAAUACUCAUUCGACUCAAUGGGAAGACCCAAGACUAGUUAAGACAAGCGCUAAACAAUCAAAAUUGACUUAUGACAGAAACUACAAAAUGAAAUAUGAUAGUUUCCAGAAGGCACUAGCUCAAAAGAGACCCGAGGGUCUUCCGAGACAGAUAGAGAUCCCAGUGAGGAGGGACCAUCUAUUUGAGGACUCUCAUCGCAAGAUAAUGACGAUAAAGAACAAAGACCACCUCAAAGCUCGUCUUUAUAUAAAGUUCCCCAAUGAGACCGGACUGGAUUACGGUGGACUGGCCCGUGAGUGGUUUUUCUUGCUGUCACAUGAAAUGUUCAAUCCUUAUUACGGACUGUUUGAAUACUCAGCAAGUGAUAAUUACACACUACAAGUUAACCCAGAUUCUGGUAUGAUUAAUGAGAAUCACUUGGAUUAUUUCAGGUUUAUCGGAAGAAUAUUUGGACUGGCCAUCUACCACAAAAAACUCAUAGACGCAUUCUUCGUUCGCCCGUUUUAUAAAGUGAUACUUGGUAGGCCAGUGGUCCUUGCUGAUAUGGAGGCAGUUGAUACUGAGUUUUACAAUUCAGUAAAGUAUAUAUUGGAUAAUGAUCCUGAGCCUUUGUGUCUCACGUUUACAGCUAGUAGAGAGUUCCUGGGGCAGGUUGAAGAGAUAGAGCUGAAACCCAAUGGUGGAGAUAUAGACGUAGUUGAGGAUAAUAAAAAAGAAUAUGUCAGACUUUUAAUGAAGUGGAGAUUUGAAGACCGCUGUGCCAAACAAAUGGACGCAAUAAAAAAGGGUAUUAGUGACAUCUUCCCAUUGCAAAUGUUAAAGGUUUUUGACGAACGAGAGAUUGAGGUUAGUCACUUAAAGUAGAGAUUUCAGGUGUUA